GAGCCAUUGUUCUUUUAGAGGUGCUCUUCAUCGCAUAUGACUGGAACUUGAUGGCUUCUAGAAUGGGAUCACUUACUACCUUCCUGCAGGUUCCAAACAGCGAAACAAAAUUAAUGGGAAAUCAAGAGAGUCAACAUACUGUUCAAGCACACGUGGGAUGUAAGACUGUGGAGUCACCAUGCUACAUCUUAACUGUAAGAAUUAUUCGGUUGCGGAAUCUCCGUCAAGAAGAUUGGUUAAAUGAAUCCGAUUGUUAUGUGACCUUGUGGCUUCCUACUGCCUCACCAGAAAAGGUUCGGACGAAAACAGUUGCAAACUGCAAAGAUCCAAUAUGGAAUGAAAUCUUCUAUUUCAGGAUCCAGAGUCAAGUCAAGAAUGUCUUGGAACUGACAGUAUGUGAUGAAGAUUUCUUUCGAGAUGAUGACAACCGUGUAAUUUUCUUCGAUAUAGCUACAAUCCCAUUUGGAAAAUCAAUAAUGGUGAAAUUUGAAUUGGAUCGCGUGAAAAAUGAAGAAUUGGAAGUUGAAUUUACAUUGGAGAAUAUAGAGGGUCCACUUGAAAAAAUAGCUACAAAUGGAGCAGUGGUGUGUCGUGAAUUCUGCUGUUUGGAGCUCCAGAUAGACAGAAAGAAGCGGAAGAGAAAGAAAAAGCAUUCUAAACAACAAGAUGUUAAAUGUACAUUAAAAGGAUCCUUUGAAGAAACCCAAAACAUUUCAUUAAGCUCUGCCUAUGGGCUGCAAUGCACUGAACCUUUCCUUUUCCACUAUGCCAAGUACAACCAAGCAAAGCUGGACAUUCUUCUUCCAGGAAAGAGAUCAUUUCUCUCUUUUUGCUCUUGUAUGUCAUGUGGAACUGAUGCUGCCAAAGCCAGAACAUUGAUCUUGCCUGUAAAUUCAUUUCCCAUUGAUGAGGAAAUAAUCAAAGAGGAUAAAGAAUUUAAUUUACACUUCACAGCAAAGAACCGCACAUCAGAUCUAGAUGUACGCUUAGGGUUUGAUCUCUGUCCAGAAGAACAGGCUUUCCUGCAAAAACGGAAGAAAGUGACUGCUGCUGCUUUCAAAAAGAUUCUCCAGCUUGAAGAUGAUCUGCAGGAAGAUGAGGUGCCAGUGGUGGCAAUUAUGACAACAGGUGGUGGAUUCAGAGCACUUACAGCGAUGUAUGCCCACCUACUGACUAUGCAGAAAUUAGGUAUUUUGGACUGUGCGUCCUAUCUCACUGGACUUUCUGGCACAACAUGGACGAUGUCACACUUGUAUGAGGAUCCCAACUGGUCCCAAAAUGAUUUAGAAAGACCACUCAGGAGUAUGCAAAAACAUGUGGAAAAAAACAAGUUCUUUGCUAGUUUUGCUGCAGAAAAGCUGAAAUACUAUGCAAAGGAAUUGUGGAAACGUCAUCAAGAAGGGCAUUGUGUAUCUUUUACAGAUCUAUGGGGAUUGAUCAUUGAAGCUAUGCUACGUAAUGAGGAAAACCAUCACAAGCUUUCAGAUCAGCAGCGGGCACUAAUUCAUGGACAGAACCCUCUGCCUAUAUAUCUUUGUCUCAAUGUGAAAAAGAAACUAAGUAAUCAAGGUUUCAGAGAAUGGUUGGAAUUCACACCAUAUGAAGUUGGAUUCCAAAAAUAUGGUGCCUACAUUCGUGCUGAGCAUUUUGGUAGCAAAUUCUUCAUGGGUCGUUUAAUGACGGAAAUCCCAGAAUCACGGCUCUGCUUUUUAGAAGGGAUCUGGAGUAGUGUGUUUUCUGUGAACAUUAUGGAUGGCUGGUUUCUGGCUACUAAUUCAGAAGAUUUUUGGCAGAUCUGGACACGAGACAGAAUAACUGAUUUUGAAGAGCCUAUUUGCUAUUCAAACACAUAUAAGCUACCUGUUCGAGCCCAGAGUCCUCCGGGAAGUCUUGCCAGUAUUUUGCAAGACGUUAUUAUGUGGCGACCUGCUGUGUCAUUGGUCCCAAAUUUUCUGAGAGGCUGCCCAAUGCACAACAAGUAUUUAGAGAGUGGAUUUGCAAAUUGGAAAGACUGUGAUCUUGACAGUUUUCCUAACCAGCUAAUUGGAGCUGAAGAUUAUUUGCAUUUGGUGGAUAAUGCAUUUGCCCUUGAUACCAGCUAUCCUCCACUUAUGAGGCCUGAAAGAAAAGUGGAUGUCAUCAUACACUUAAAUUAUAGCUCAGGAUCACAGUUACGGCCGCUGCAAAAGGCCUCAAAUUAUUUCUCAGAACAAGGAAUUCCUUUUCCCAGAACUAUCCCACAGGAAAAAGAAGAAAAAGUUUUAAAGGAGUGCUAUUUCAUAGGAGAACAAGAAGGUCCAGAUACUCCAUUAAUUCUCCUUUUUCCCCUGGUUUGUAAUACCUUCCAAAAUUAUAAAGAACCUGGUGUGAAGCGUAGCCCUGAAGAGAUGAAUGAUGGUGAGAUUGAUUUGACCAGUACCUUUGGUCCUUAUAACAUCAAUGCUUUGCAAUAUUCAGAGGAGAAUUUUGAGAAACUGGUAAAACUGAGCCAGUACAACAUCCAAAAUAACAAAAAUACUCUGAUUGAUGCUUUACAGUUAGCUGUGGAACGGAAAAAGCAGCGUAAGAAGGACCUUAGUUUACUAACAUCUGAAUCUUUUGUGGGACAGAGCACCUCAGCUUUUCCUGCACUAGCAAAACAAUAAAAGCAUUUCAUUCCAGAAGAAAAGUAAGAUAAAAUAAUCAAAAGAAUAUCUAAGACUCUGGCCAUGGAGGAAAAAAAGCUGCCUUUAUGAAAAUGAAUCAGUUAUAAAGCCUGAAAUGCUCUUUUAAUGAAUUCUAUUUGUCUUUUGGCAAUGGAGGCACAGUGACUGAGUAAAAUAUGUUAUAGAACUUUCUACGCUCACACUUUCUGAAGCUCCUCUGAACAAAUUAUAUAAAAAAUGUGCUGUGAAAAAAGUUGUUUGUGCCUUGUAAUGUUAUUUAUGUUUUAUGCAAAAAGGUGUUUUUUUUCUCUGAAACAUCUCUACUUCUAAUGCUAUGUGUACUUUUUCUUUGUUUCCAUACCAAGUACAUAUGAGAAUGAUUGUCAUAAAAGUUGUUCUGGUCUGAUGCAAUAUGAAUGGUGAGAAACAAUUUUUUUAGAAUCUAAAACCAGUUCCUGAUAAAUGAACAAUGAUGUCAGUUUAAAAAAGCAUGCAUAUGCAGGAGAAAACUGCAAACAUGCUACUUGUAACCAUUUGGUCCUAUUGGUAGGAAUUAUUUUCUAGGUAUAUGAGAAUUGUUAGAAUUUGGGUUCUGUCCUUCCCUACCAGCAUGCAGGUGAUCAAAACCAUCAAACAUCAGCCAAUCAUACAGAGGGAAAGAUCUUUGCAUACCAACAAUGAUGUUCAUAUAUUGCAUUAAACCAGGACUUGUUUAAUCAUGGUCAGUUGACUAAAUAAUUCAUAAACCUUGCUUUACAAAUCACAAAAACUAUGUUCACAUAUACCCCAAUAAGCCAAAACUGACAAACCAUGGUAUAUUGCAUGUACUAGGCCUAUCUUUGAGUAUGUGAAUUGGGGAAAAAAUCCCUAGGCCUUGAAUAUAUACGUUUCCUCACUAAAGAGAGAUAAACCAAAUAUAAGACUAUUAUCCACAUAGGAAUCACCCUUUCCUGUAUUAAUUUAAAAAAAUAUAGAAAAACAAGUGAAAAGUUUCCUGUAUAGAACAAUCCAGCAUUGAGAUUUAUCCAGAUUCCAUAGCCAGAAUUUUAGCAUUUUCAGAAUGUUCUACCAAGAGGUACUAGCACAUUCCCUCACUUCAGAAUUCAUUAAUGUAACCAUAAUCUUGCAGGUAGGCACACUGUAAUAGUUUUCAGAAAGAACAUAUCAAAACCAAGAAAAACAAAAUUCUGCAAGAGGUGUCUACUUCUAAUCUCUGUUGACAAAGAAGUUUAAAGACAGAUUUUCACUUCCACUGGCCUGUAUUAUCUCUAACUUCCACUGGCUUGUAUGAUCAUCAAUUGUUGGAACCAUCUACCUUGCAAAAAUUUUUCUUUGCAUCUUUUUUCUGUUCUACUUCCAAUAGUGCUGUCUUCUUGUUCUCUAUUGCUUAGCUCCUUGUCAAUUUCAGCAACUAUCAAAAUAAUGGAAAUGAAUUGGACUGAAUUAUAUCCAGUGUAAAAGGGAAACACAGAGACUUUAUGAAACUAAAAGCAAUUUUGUUGUGUUUCUGCUGCUAAUGGCAGCUGGAACAUAGAAGCUUCCCCUUCUCUUCACUGGAACUUC